CUACGUUAUUUGUAACCAUAAUUGAUAAGAUUGAAGGUUCAGUUUUAAUCUGCUUAGUGAGGAAGAUACUCAUAAAUGACCGCGAACGUGUUUUUUGACGAAGACGCCGUAUUUGAUAUCACUCAAAAAUCUGUCUCAGCAGAUUUUCUAACGAAAACAAAAGAAUUCGAUGAUAUUAAAGCCACUAGCUUAUUGGAAGACAAGCGAAGUACGCGUACCAAAAGUACGGGUAGGCCACCCAGUCAGAUGUUUAUGAAAGAAAGUAUCUUUCAGACGUCCUUUUCAAUGAAUGAUGAUGAAAUGGUUACAGAGCCAAUGGUAAAUUCAAAUAAAUUUUCACAGAUCGUUCAGGAAGUAACCACCAGGCAUAUGUCAAGAACUGUCCUAGACGGAAGUGCUAGCUCAAUCGUAAAAGGAAACCCAUCACCAAUGGAAGAAAUUCAAACUUCCAAAAUCCAUAGAGUACCAUGGAUGAAUGAACUUCUCGCUCGUAAGGAGAAGGUGUUGGCGAAAGGAGACGACUUUAUGAAAAUCGCCGAACAAAACGAUAGAAGAUAUUCAUUUAAAUUUCAUAGGAACGAGGUUACUCCAGAAGCAACAAAAAUACAAAGCUUUGACGAAUUAAAAACUGCGGAACAAUCAAAGUCAAAAGAAGAAAAUGUAACUAUUACAACAGAGCAUGACAUUAAAAAACCUCUUAAGAAAGUGAUGGCACCGCCGAUUCCUGUAGAUUUACCACCAAAAUUAGACAAGAAACAGCUAGAGUUAGUGCCUAAGGUUUCAAUAAAAAGCGUUCUAAACGAAGUGGAAAGUUUUUUAGAACGUGGUAAACAAUUUGAAGAAAAUACUUUAAUGAAAAUACGUGAGCUUGAGAACUCCAUAAGAAAACAAAUGGACGAAGAAGCCAAAUGGAUAGAAUUGUUAAAAAGAGACCUUACGAGAUUGAUGGAAAAUUCUUCGUAAUUUAUUAACAAUAAUAAAGUAAGUAAUGAGACGAUGAAAUGAUGUGAAAUUCUACUUGAUAGCUAAGAUUAUAAACGGUACAAUCAGUUUUUUAGUUUUAAUUGAUAAUAAUUUUUUAUAAUUUUUUCAAAUA